CUCACUACGUCCCGUCCCUGAGCAGUGAGCUGCCCACCGCACACAUUUCUCCUCUCCUCUGCUCGGAUCUUAUCUUUACUCCAACGGAGCUCUUUCUUCUCCUUGUUGUUUUGCGUUUCUGGCACAUAUUGGAGUCCAGCGAUCCGUUCCGUGCGUAAUAGCGCGCGUUAUAACCAUUGCGAGGCUGCGCCUCCGCCAGCAAUGGAUUGAUCUCAAUUUUUUUUCUCUUUCUUUUUUUUUUUUUUUUACGACCUGUGCUCCGACCAAGUUGAGAAAAGAGUCUCUAACCUGCGGCUCUCUCCUUCCAGCUGCAUGUUUCACCAGAGGACCUCUGAAACCACCUGGAUGUGGAUGUUUUUGCACAUUUUAGGACUUUGAACUUUUUUUUUUUUUUUAAACCCUCCAUGGUGCAUUUGCCGGAGGUUUGCCUGGGAUUCUAAGGAUAUAUAUUUUAUUUUAGGGGGAAGCUUUUGAACAUCAUCAUCAUCUCCGUGGUUCCUGAAGCCUGCAGAGAUUUGUUGGUGAAAAGUGAUGGCCGAGCGGGGAGCCGUGCCGCUCCUCUCUCUCCUCUGUCUCACCUUUCUCUUCACGCAGACCACCGCGGCAAAGCAUGUCGAUAAAGGCUCAGCAGCCCAGCCCUUCGUCCCCUUCAGGUUCACGGUGGAGCCCCAGGACACGCUGGCCAUCCGGGGGAACUCGGCGCUGCUCAACUGCUCGGCACACAGCGACGAGGACACGCCGGCGCGCAUCGAGUGGAAGAAGGACGGCACCUUCAUGAGCCUGGUUUCAGACGAGAGGCGGCGCAUCCUCCCGGACGGCUCGCUGUUCUUCACGCACGUCGUCCACUCGAAGCACAACAAGCCCGAUGAGGGCACCUACCAGUGCGUGGCAACCAUCGAGAACCUGGGAUCCAUUUCCAGCCGCACGGCGCGCCUCGAAGUAGCAGGGAUUCCAAGGUUCGCCAGUCAGCCGUCUCCAGCCUCCGUGCAUAUCGGGGACAGCCAAGUGGUGGCGUGUGAGGUAAACUCAGACCUGGUGCCUUUCACCCGCUGGGAGAAGGACAAGGAAGCGUUGGAAAUGAGCGACAGAUUGAUCCAGCUGCCCAGCGGGGCUCUCGUUAUCAGCAACGCCUCGGAGGCUGAUGCCGGCCUGUAUCGCUGUGUUGUGGAAAACGUGGGUUCCUCCAAGUCCAGUGAGGAGGCCUUGCUGCAGACGAUACCAGAAACCGGAGGAGAGAGGAAGCUGGAGUUUCUGGUGCAGCCUGCCUCUGUGACCAAGCUGCUGGGUGCCAGUGUGCUGCUGCCAUGUGUGGCCUCAGGUUAUCCUGCACCUCACAUCCGCUGGAUGCUCGGAGACAAAGUGCUGGAGGAAAGCGAUGGUCGUGUAGAAAUGGUGGCAGGCGGGAGCCUCCAGAUUUCCAACGUCACGGAGGAAGAUGCCGGAAUUUACACCUGCGUGGCCGAAAACUCCAACGCCACCGUCGAAGCCCAGGCACAGCUCACAGUUCAAGUUCCUCCUCAGUUUGUCAAACGGCCGGCCAACAUUUACGCCCAUGAGUCCAUGGACAUCGUCUUUGAGUGUGAAGUUUCCGGUUCACCCGCUCCCACCGUCAAAUGGGUCAAGAAUGGAGACGCCGUCAUCCCCAGUGACUACUUCAAAAUAAUUAAGGAGCACAACCUGCAGGUUCUGGGUCUGGUCAAGUCCGAUGAAGGUUUCUACCAGUGUCUGGCAGAGAACGAUGCCGGCAACAUCCAGUCGAGCGCGCAGCUCAUCAUCUUGGAUCACGACGUAGCCCUGCCCGCCUUCCCUCCCCCUUCACUGACUCCUAACACUACUGACCAUGUAACAGCAGGCUCUGGAGGCAUAGCCGCCCCAGCGGGGCCCACCCCCUCUGCGCCGCGAGACGUCGUGGCCUCCCUGGUCUCCACCCGCUUCAUCAAGCUGACCUGGCGCCAGCCGGCGGAGCCGCACGGAGAUGAGCUGACCUACUCUGUGUUCUACAGUCAGGAGGGCAACAGCAGGGAGCGAGUGGUGAACACUAGCCGACCAGGAGAGAUGCAAGUCACCAUCCAGAAUCUGAUGCCAGACACUAAAUAUCGCUUCAGGGUGGUGCCACACAACAGCAACGGGCAGGGCGAGAGCUCAGCAGCGCUCAAAGUGGCCACCCAAGCUGAAGUACAAGUCCCUGGUCCAGCUCCCAACCUGCAGGCAGUGUCCAACACUCCGACGUCCGUCUCCCUUAGCUGGGAUAAACCACUCACAGGCAACGGAGAGAUCCUCUCAUACAAGCUCUACUACACAGACAGAAGUAUCGGUACCGAAGAGGAUGUUGACAUCGAUGGUCAGUCAUACACCAUGGCUGGACUGAAGAAGAACACAGAGUACAGCUUCCGUGUGGUGGCUAAUAACAAGCACGGUCCCGGGGUCUCCACGGAGGAUGUCAUUGUUCGGACGCUUUCUGAUGUUCCAAGCGCCCCUCCCCAAAACCUCACAUUGGAAGUUCAGAACUCGAAGAGUAUCAUAGUUCGGUGGCAGCCUCCUCCGCUCAGUGGCCAGAACGGGGAAAUCACCAGCUACAAGAUCCGCUACCGUAAAGUUUCCCGGAGGAGCGAAUCAGCUGUGACCACAGCAGGAACUGAGCUUUUCAAGCUCAUUGAUGGUCUGGAGCCUGGGACCGAGUACUCCUUCCGAGUUUCCGCUGUGACUGUAAACGGGACGGGACCAGCCACCGAGUGGGUCCCAGCAGAGACAUUUGAGAGCGACCUGGACGAAACCCGUGUACCGGACCAACCCAGCUCGCUCCACGUCCGCCCGCUGGUCAACAGCAUCGUGGUGAGCUGGACGCCGCCAGAGAACCAGGACAUCGUGGUGCGGGGCUACACCAUCAGCUACGGCAUCGGAAGUCCCCACGCUCAAACCAUCAAAGUGGACCACAAGCAGCGCUACUACACCAUUGAGAACCUCAACUCCGGUUCCCAUUAUGUGAUCACGCUGAAGGCCUUCAACAAUGUGGGGGAGGGGAUCCCUGUGUACGAGAGCGCAGCCACCAGGGUGCAGUCAGACCCCAUAGACCCCGAUGUUGACUUGUACGAACUGUUCCAUGCCCAAUACACCCCAGCACCAGACCCCAGCCCCAUGAUGCCUCCCGUGGGCGUGCAGGCCUCCGUGCUGAGCCACGACACCAUCAGGGUGACGUGGGCUGACAACUCGCUGCCUAAGAACCAGAAGAUCACAGAUAACCGCCACUACACGGUGCGAUGGAAGACCAACAUCCCAGCCAAUACUAAAGUAAAGAUGGCCAACAGCACCAGCCUGAACCACGUAGUGACAGGUCUGAAGCCCAACACGCUCUACGAGUUCUCCGUCAUGGUGACCAAGGGACGCCGCUCCAGCACAUGGAGCAUGACAGCUCAAGGAACCACCUUUGAAACCACCCCCGGCUCUGCUCCAAAAGAUGUGACCGUCGUGAGCAAAGAGAAUAAACCUCGCACCAUAAUAGUGAACUGGCAGCCUCCGUCUGAAGCUAAUGGAAAAAUUACAGGUUACAUUAUCUACUACAGCACAGACGUAAACGCAGUGGUCCACGACUGGGUCAUUGAGCCUGUGGUGGGGAACCGCCUCACGCACCAGAUCCAGGAGCUGACGCUGGACACAACGUACUACUUCAAGAUCCAGGCCAGGAACUCCAAAGGAAUGGGGCCCAUGUCGGAGGCCGUUCAGUUCCGAACUCCCAAGACUGAAUCCUCUGACAAAAUGGCUAAUGACCAAGCUUCAAAUCUGCCACCAAAGCCUGGAUCUCCAAGCAAUAUCUUUCCAGAGGACCCUAGAGGUACAGUUGGUAAAACAGGUGUCGGGGGUGGUGAACAUCACAUCCUGAUCAUCGUCAUCAUAAUCGCAGUAGGAGUCUUCACCAUCAUAGUGGUUGUGGUCGGAGCCUUGCUGUGCACACGGCGCAGCACGUCCCAGCAGAAGAAGAAGCGAGCCGCGUCAAAGUCAUCAAACGGCUCCCAUAAAUACAAAGGAAAUUCUAAAGACCUGAAGCCACCAGAUCUUUGGAUUCACCACGAGAGGCUGGAACUGAAACCUAUGGACAAGUCGCCGGAUCCCAACCCCGUCAUGACCGAGACGCCCAUCCCUCGCACCUCGCAGGACAUCACGCCAGCCGACAGCGGAAUGGAGAGCAACCCCCACCUGCAGCAGAGGCGCAACUCCUACAGAGGCCACGAAUCAGACGACAGCAUGUCCACACUAGCAGGUCGCCGAGGGAUGAGACCUAAAAUGAUGAUGCCUUUUGACGCACAGCCACCUCAGCCUGUGAUUAGUGCUCAUCCCAUCCAUUCCCUCGAUAACCAUCAUCACCAUUAUCACAUGGGCAGCCUGGUAUCACCGACACGCGGCUACCUCUACCAUCAAGGCAGCGGGCACCCUCGCCCGCACGCCUGCACCACCCCCAUCUCCCAUUUAGAAAGGGUGGACUCCUCAGAAUCUGUGAGGAACACCCCCAGCUCGGAGCCCCUCCCUCCACCUACAGCAUCUUCCCAAGUCUCCUGCCCCUCUGAGAUCAUGGCUGACCCAGAGGGCAGCUACCACGGCUCCACCACCACCGAGGAAGAGCCCAGCUACUCCAGCAACCUGCCCCCACAUCGCCCAGCCCACCCGCAUGCCCUUGCCCACCCCCUCAAGAGCUUUGCUGUACCUGCAAUCCCAGUCUCCAGCCAUCCCUCAUACGACUCCCCCGCCUUACCCAGCAUGCCCCUGCUUGCUCAGACUGGGCCUCCCUCUCACCCCCAUGUUGUAAAAACAGCCUCCAUCGGAACACUAGGAAGGACACGCACUCCAAUGAUAGUAACAGUACCCAACGCCCCUGAUGUACCAGAAACAAGCAAAAUGCUGGAGGAUGUAGACAGCGUGCUUGCCUCCCUCCCCCCCUGCCCCUCCCCAGCCCCUCGCAGUAACCCUGUUCCUCUCCCUCAGAGCUACGAGCCUGACGAGCUGACUGAGGAGAUGGCGCACCUCGAGGGCCUGAUGAAAGACCUGAACGCCAUCACAACAGCGCCAUGAUCGCACACUCACCCACAGAUGCAAACACACACACACACCCGCACACAUAUAUGCAAGGAAGCCACACAGCUCUCACAGGCAGAUAAACACAUUCGAAACACAAUCCUUCUAGAGCCCGAGGUCUGUGGACAUGUAACAGCUUUUUGGGGCCAACAGAGACUAAAAACGUUGGAACUUCUUCCCGGAUCAACCUCUCUCUGUGUCGGACAGGAGGCAGAUCACUGACACUUCAUGCUCCUAUGAAGAACAAAUCUCAGAGACAUUGAACUUUGAAGCUUUGGCUGCUUUCAGCCUGACGUUUGUGACUCUUUUAUUUUAUUUUUUCUUCAGCAAAAAGAGAAAAACUGGCAGCAGAAGGUGAGGAUCAUAAAAAUACUGGUUUGUGAUGGCGGCGCUCGUGCAGCGCCGACUACAACACAGUGUUUGACCAGUGUUUUCUUUGUGCGUUUUGUAUCUAUUGGACCGUUUCAGUGAAGUAAGCAUGGGAUGUCAGCUCCUCCUCCUUACUGUUUGUUCUUCUUGAGUUUUUUACAUGCCUAUAUUAUUUUAUUUCUUUUAUUUUAUUUGCUUUUUACCCUCAUGUGUCAUACAUUGUGCCAUGCUGUUUUAUUUUCUACAUGCUUAUGUACAUACAUGUUUUUUUUUAACUGCCUCAUUCUUUUUAUUUUUCCCAUUGUUUUAUUAUUAUUAUUAUUAUUAUUACUUGUGAUUUAGAUUAAAUUUUCAUAUCAGCGGAGGAGUGAAGUCUAAUGGUUUCUACAGUACCAUUCUUGCCCUGGCGUCUUGUUGUCCACUUUUUACACUAAAAUACUCUUCAGUCUUUCUGUUGAUUGUGGGAGCUCCGUUUUAAAAGCCUUACCAACGUGUUUCUACGUCGGACCAUUGGAAGACUCGCCGUUAACUCGGCCUUCAUCUCCAUUAGAGCUUGCGGAUCCUUCUGCGGGACUUUGACGGCGUCUCCACGCAGGUCAGGGCUGCCUGGGACUCAUGGCCGCUGACCGACACCUGAAAGCUCUGCUAGAAAGAACAAACCAAUCAUUCAAUCAGCAAAUGAAACUUUUGUACAAGUUUGGUUGUAUGUGUGCGUUUUACAAAAAAAAAAAGAAAUCAAUGAAUAACCUUUGGUUUCGGACAUCUGCUGAAACACUCGGGCAUUUUUCUGCUGCAAAGUCUUUUUGACGUCUGUUUGUUUUGUUUUUAUUUUUCCUGCAUCUCUUCAUAGAAUGCCACUCUGUGGUUCUGUUACAAACAUUACAAGAUGCAAAGAUGUUUGCCUUUUCAAAGGGACUCCCGGAUUUUUUUUUUCCUUUAUAUAUAUAUAUGGUUGGUUUUGUAUGAAAAAAAUCGUUGUUCUGAACACAAAACUGCUGUACAAAAAAAAAAAGGAAAGAAAAAUAGGUCCGUCUCAGAGACUAGUUUUUCAUUGCCCUCUUACCCAAAGAAAAUUUUGUCAUUUGCAAUCAUAGUAAUUUCCUCUACUUUUGUGAAUACCAUGUUUUGCAUAAAUGUGCAUCGUCAUGAAUGUCAGUAUAACUGUAAGAGAUUUAAACUUUGGAGACAAACAAGGAAAGGCGGUUUGGAAGGAAACUGGGAGAAAAAGAACCGGACUCCGUUUGGG